UAUACUUAGCAGUUGAUGAUAGUUAAGUCAGGCACUGAUGGACUUUAUUUUACAUUAAUGAAUUUUAAAAAAAAUCUGUUUACUGUUACAGAAAGUGAGAGUGCCUUAUCUUUCAAGUGGAGAGCUCAAAACACCUGCAUAACUGUCAGUCACUCCAGAUUCACAUGUUGAUUGGCUCAUCUGCUGUUUUUAUUAGGGAACAAAGAAGACUGCUCUUUUGAGAUAUUUUUUACAUUAUGCUGUUAAAAUGUGAGGCUUCUAUGCAAAAUGUGUAAAAGUCAGGCAGGUCUGAAACAGUCAUUUAAAUAUUUUUUGGUAUUUUUCAUCUCAUUGCACCUCCCCUAUAGUUCCUUCACUUGCGCCUCGCAGUUUGAAUACCUCAGCUCUAAGGGGACGAGUGGACCCAAACUGUGUCAUCAAAAUGCCCCCAAAGCAGAGCAGAGCCACCAGACUGCCUUUACAUAUCACACAAAUGCACAUGCUUUACGGACAUUGAAGGUGCACUUUUCACCACAAUAUUACUGAUGUCUUGCCCCAUAUAUCUCACUUUAUUCACUGUUCCUAUUGAAAUAAAGCCAGUUGAGCAUGUCUUUGUGACUUAAGCUCCUACCAUCCUUGCCCCUAUAAUGAAACCUCUUUCAAAGUCACUUGGCAUUUUUUCCACAGAGCAUGGUAGGAUGUUAAUCACUUGAUUGGAUAAUGGAGUAUAUCUGUCAAGAAACAUCUACACUCAUUUCGGUAAUCCACUCAUUUAUUUGGGGUUUUCCUGUAUGUACAUUGGGUUACUUUCUUUUGGAAGAUUGGCAUUCAGAUACUCAUUUUGCAGAGACUUUUUAUGUAUCUUACUUUGUAUUAUGAUUAUAAUGUAUAAAGGUUAUUUUUUGUAAUUAUAGAGACUGUGCAACACUUUGUUAAUGUAAUACCGUGUUCGACAGAAACUGGAUGUGUAAUGAUGCAUGUAGUGGUUUACUCAAAUUCACAUAUGUAAAAUGGACACGGCUGUUACUUCCCCUCAUUCUUUUUGACUUUUAAAACACAUCUUUGUCAUGAAUUGUUUCACCUGGCAAAAUGCAGUGGCUUACCAUUUAUGUUUUCCUUUUGGAUUUUAGUAGUCAAUUCUUUUUCAAAGUCACCUGCUCAGCAUCUGAAUAUAGCUUGCAAGGAGAUUAUUUGUUGGGUGGGUUAUUUUCAUUAAAUAGCAUUUCUACAGCAGUACGCCAGUCCUACCCAGUGGCACUUGAGUGUUACAGAUAUAGUUUUGAUGAGUCAGCUUAUCGGAUGAUGGAGAUGAUGAGGUUUACAGUGGAAGAGAUCAAUAACUCUUCCACUAUCCUACCUGAUGUCUCACUCGGCUAUGAGAUCUUUGACUAUUGUUCAGAUAUGCAGAAUUUUCCCUCUGUGUUCAGUUUUAUCUCUGAGAAUGGAUCCAUUCCAGUUCAGAGAUAUUUAAACGAAUAUAAGCCUAAAAUAAUUGCUGUGACAGGGCCAUAUGGAAGCAGUAGCACAAUUACAGUGGCACCUUUAUUCACGUUGGCCCUUGUUCCAAUGGUGAAUUAUGGAUCAUCAAGUUAUCGAUUGAGUAAUAAAAACAUGUACCCUUCUUUUUUAAGAACAGUGCCUAACAACAAAGACCUUAUAAAUAUAAUUAUUCACAUUAUUAAAUGGUUUGGAUGGAACUGGGUCGCCUUUAUUGGCAGUCGGGAUGACUACAGCCAAGAUGGCCUGAAUUUUUUUUCUCGGUAUGCCAAAAAAAAUAACAUCUGUUUGGCCUACCAGGAUUUGCUUGACGAAACCUCUAACUACAAUUCCACACUGAGUACAAUUGAAAAACGCAACGUUAAAGUCAUAGUGGUUUUUUCGUCCCAAGAAGUAGCGAAAAACCUAAUCAGGGCAGCUAUAAAGAAUAACAUCAGAAAUAAAGUUUGGAUUGCUGGUGAGGUAUGGUCUAUGAAUAAGCAGCUUCCGAAUGAACCAGGAAUACGAAACAUUGGGAAAAUUUUUGGCAUUACAGAACAGCCAAUGUCUUUUCCUGGAUUUAAGCAGUUCGUCUACAACAGAGAGAGUAAAAGCAAUGAUAAAUAUUUGAAAGAUGGUGAAAUUCAUCCUCCUCAGCCAAAAGAAAAAAUGUGUAACCAAGACUGUCAUAACUGCUCACUUUUGAGUUCAGAGGGAAUUUUAAAUGAAAAUCCCACAUUUUCUUUUCCUAUUUAUGCUGCGAUCUACACCAUGGCAAAUGCUUUACACAAAGUUCUACAAUGUGAUGCAAAUGGUUGCAACAGAAGCAUUCCAGUUUACCCCUUCAUGCUUUUGAAGGAAAUGAAAAAGCUGGAUUUUCCUCUAAAUGGCCGUAAAGUAAAAUAUGAUCAAAAUGGCGAUCUACCUGUCUUUUAUGAUGUGGUCUUCUGGCGCCUUGGAACCAGUUCUCCAGUUUUUGAGAGAAUUGGCACAUACAGCUCAUAUCCAGAAAUUACUUUCACCAUCAACAACUCCCUUAUAGGCUGGGACAGUGAUGCCUCUAUUCCUUUCGCAAACUGCUCAGUUGAAUGUACGGCGGGAUUCAGAAGGGAAAAGGACCAAAAUUAUGCAUGCUGUUUUCAGUGUAAGAUGUGUGAAACCAACACCUAUGUAAACUAUACACAAGACCCAUACACUUGCAACAUGUGUAAUGUAGACGAGUGGUCUGAAGAGGGAAGCACAUCUUGCCAGAAGCGUGCCAUUCUGUAUCUUCAGUACACAGACCCUCUUUCCAUAUUCCUUACCGUAUCUGCUGUCAUUCUGCUGGUUUUGUGUGUUGCAGUUAUCAUACUGUUCUUAUACAAUUAUAACACACCGGUUGUGAAAUCUGCUGGAGGCAAUAUGUGUUUCGUCAUGCUAGCUUCUUUGGCUUUGUCCAGUAUAAGUAUUUUCUUUUUCUUCGGACAGCCAAAAGAGAUCCACUGUAUUUUCAGAAAUGUGAUGUUUUACAUUUUCUACACCGUCUGCCUUUCCUGCAUGACAGUGCGCUCCUUUCAGAUAUUCUGCAUUUUUAAAAUGGCUGCCAAGUUUCCCAAGAUCCACAGAUUGUGGGUGCAACAUAAUGGCCAGUGGAUUGUCAUUGCUACCCUUUCGUCUUUACAAAUAUUCAUUUGUGCUUUAUGGAUGAGUCUAAAAACACCCAUUCCUGCCAAAACGAAUACAUCAUUUGAAACCAUCCUUAGCUGUUCAGCAGGGAACGAACAGGCAUUUUUUGUAAAUCUGUUCUUCACUUGGUCCCUCAGUGUCCUCUGUUUCUCCUUUUCCUAUAUGAGCACUGAUCUACCAAAAAACUACAACGAGGCUAAAUCUAUAACGUUCAGCAUGCUUUUGUUCUUUAUCAGCUGGUCUUUUUACUUUACAGUGACUAAAUUUCCUCCAGGGUUGUACAUCCCAUUUUUUAAGGCAGGGGCACAGUUGUCCAGUUCAUAUGGUAUCCUACUGAGCUACUUCAUCCCAAAGUCUUAUGUCAUCAUUUUUCAGCCAAAAAAGAACACUCAAGCAUACUUUCAGACAUCAAUUCAGAAUUAUACUCAAACCAUAAGUAGGAUGUAGACUAGUUUGAGUCCACUGCCACUCAUUUUGUUUCAUCACUUUUUUUUAAAGUGGUUGUGGUUUUUCUUAGUCUACUUAACAAGUAUGAGAGUUUUUUUGAGUGUAGUUGCCUAGUGGUUGUGAUAUGGAAUACUUAGAAGGGAUGGCAUAAAUGUAUUUCACUUAGAAUGGUAAAAUGAUUAUCCUGGGUGAUAAUUGUUAAGGGUUCUUAAAGACCAACACCUGUUAGCAUCUCAGUUAGUACAAUCCUCUAAAUUUGAAGCAGAUUAUGGUCAUAAAAAUUCACUAGAAGUUCAACUCUUUUGAUGCACUGGGAGAGAGUGUUAUAGAUGGGCAGAUCCAAUAUGAAUAUGAAUAGUGGUUCAGUAAACUGUUAUUUAACAAUGCUUUGUCAAUUUCUCAAUUGCAAUACAUUGUAUAGCUAUGCUUAUUUUGUUGGUGUGUUUUUACUGUUUAUGAUUUGCAAGUUUGUGAACUGCAUACAGAGAGCUGACAAAUUCAGGGAAAACAAGUAAGGUGCUGAGCCGCCAUGUAGCUUCAGUGUGCCUUGGCUUCGAUUUGGCAUGUCUCCGGAACUGUACUGGAGAGACGAACACCAUUUUUCCUAAAGAUAUUGCCUCAGUUGUUGUUUUGAUGAUGGUGGUAGAGACACUGUCUAACACUAUAAAAUCAUCCAGAGGUGUUCAGCUGGUUUUCUGGUCAUCGUGAAGGCCGUAGUAUAUGAUUUACAUCAUUUACAGACUCAUCGAAACUAUUCAGUAAAUGACCCCACAGCAUAACAGUGCCACCAUUUCCCCCCUUUAAUUUGUCAGUCAUCUAUAGCUUUGUUGCUUGCUAGUACAUCAUAUUGUUUAUCUCUGGUUAAAUAAAAACUCAGUUAUAGAUAGUGGGCUUUUAAACCUCUUAUGCAUGAUUCAAAAUACUAAUCCAGUACACAUGUGAUUAUAGAGUUAUCUGACACUGUAGAAAAGUAGAAUUACUGUUGAAUUUGUAUUUUACUGUAGGGCUGUUCCUGUGCUUAGAGAAUAUAUGUUUAUGAAUAUGAAUGUUAAAAGAGAUAAUGUAGUGCACCAUGAAUCUGAAUUUGUUAGUGGGCUAAUUUACAUCAUACCUCUACAUUGGAAUAAACAAAA